AUGUCAGUUGCAGAUACGCUUGUCUUUAUUCAACGUUACAUAACUCGUUAUGUUCUUCCAACAAUUGCUGGAUUCGGAAAUCUAGGUCAUAUUAUAACUGUUCUAAUUCUCUUGCAAAGACGACGCCGUGAAAAUUCUUGUUCAAUUUAUCUUCUUGCAACAUCGAUAUUUGGUUUAAUAGUUACAAAUUGGGCAAUAAUACCACUCGUCUAUGGCUUGGAUCACAUCGAUCGAGUCAAUUCAUCACUGAUCCUUUGUCGUCUUCGUGGAUACAUUAUUCAUUCAGUUUCAAUGUGUUUUCGAUAUACGAUCGUUUUUGCAUGUAUCGAUCGCUAUGCCAUUUGCAGUUCUCAAGUAUGGGUUAGAAACUAUUGUCGACCACGAAUUGCUUGUUAUUCAAUUGCUGUCAUUGUCGUGACUUGGAUGAUCAUUAGCGUUCAUUUAUUAAUCUUUGAAAGUAUUGAAAAUGAUCGGUGCGGUGUUUAUGGUUUAUAUGGACGUAUUUUUAGUAUUUACAGCUUCAUCUGCUUUGGAGCAAUUCCUACGGGUGCUAUGAUCGUAUUUGGUUUACUUUUGAUGAUUAGAUUACGACAAAUAAGAUCACGUGUGCACCCAGCUCGUGAUCAGCUUCAGCCGAGGAGAAACGAAACAGCUUUAGGAAAAGUUAUCUUAGCUGAAGUGAUGGUUAGCGUUAUUUGCACAUUUACUUAUCCCAUUAUGACAUUUUAUUUAACAUACACAAAUGACGCAGUACCAAAUAAAAGCUCGGAUCGAAUUAAAAUCGAAUCAUUCAUCAAUUUUCUUACGAUGUCAUUUCUUCUCUAUUUAAACUAUAGUAUCACAUUCUAUGUAUACUUUCUCACAUCAAAAUCAUUCCGACGAUCAGUCCUACAGCUCCUUCGAAUAUCUUCUGCAACACGAGACCAUGGUCAUAAUCAGUAA